AAAAAAGACCGUUUGACUUCCUUCUCAAGAUCUUCUCUCCCUCUCUCUCUCUCUCUUUCCCUCCCUCUCGCCCCCCAUAUAUGUACGUACAGACUCCAACAUCACAGCUGUGUUACUGUCUAGCAAGGGAAAGAGAGCUCUGCCCUCGUGUCAAUGGCGCCGAAGCGUUCCUUCAGCGAUGAUCCGCCAUCUGCCUCUUCAGAAAGGGAAGUAGAAGAAGAGGCCCAGGAAGAUGAAGAAGAGGAAGAUGACGAAGAGGAAGAGGAAGAAGAUCAAGAGGAAGAACAGAAGAAACAACAACUCCAAUCUUCAGAUUCUGAGACCGAGUCCGAGCCCGGUCCCGAUCGAGCCGUCAAGCAGAACGACAAGCCGGUCCCCUGGGAACCCGCGGAGCGGAAGAAGCGCGGUGCGGAAGGGAUCGUCUCGAAUGGGGAGGCGGCGUCGAAGCGGGUCAAGACCAAGUCGAACUCGGUGGCGGAAAAGAAGCAAUUUUUCCAGCGGAUGUGGAGCGAGCCGGAAGAGAUGGAGGUGAUGAAGGGCUUGGUCGAGGUCUCCAAGAACAAGCCGAAGUACGAACUCAACGACAUCUACGAGUGUAUCAAGCAAAAGAUCCCAUCUUCCGUGUCGAAACGGCAGCUGAGCAGCAAGAUCCGGAAUCUGAAGAAGAAGUUUAAGAGCCGUGACAAGAAGGUCAAGGAGGGCGCCGAGCUCAGCCCCCAGGAGGAGAAUUUCCUCGAAUUGGCCGUGAAGGUGUGGGGGUCUGUCGAAAACCUUGUGAAAGGGAGGACUGCCGCCAAAAAGCCUGUGAAAGGGAAGGCUGCCGCGGCUCGUGGGCUUGAGGGGCACGUAGGGACUUCGGUUUCUGCUCUGUCUCGUCGGUUGUUGAAGGGGAUUGAGGAUGUCGGUGGGGGCAGGUCCCUUAACGAGGAGUUUGUAAGGAAAAAGACUUACUUGGUCGAUGAGAGGAUGAGGGUGGAAUUGGAUCAGCGAUGGAAGAGGCUGGAAGAACAGGAACUGCAGCUCAUUGUGGAGCGGGCUAGGUUGAUCAACGACCACGCUGCUGUUAUUUGUCAGACUCGUCCCUCGUUAGGAAGUUAAAUGUCCAUGUUCUUUAGCUAUGAACUCGACUCUGGCUUUUGAUCGGAAUUUUGGGUCUGUCUACUCUAGUUUAGGUACUGGUUUCGGCCACUUUUGGUUGGGCCAAUGGUUAUGCGGAGUCGGCGGAUUACUAGUCGGAGUGUGACCUCUGAUGGAUUUUAAGUGCAUAGCGAACUAGUUUCUGUUAUUUUUCUUUUGAAUCAUUGUUCUUCAAAUGCAAAUGGAUCUUUUGAGCUCUGAAUGUUUUCCUUUAUGAAUUGCCUUUGCCUUGUC